AUGUCCCCCCGCGGCCCUGCCUCCGCCACCUCCCCGACAACCCGUACCUCUUCGACUCCCUAUUCUCGUCGAUCUGCGAGUCAGCCCAAGUCCUCUCGCCAGCAGUUUUCCGCGUGUGGCGCAUGUCGCAUGCGAAGAGUUCGUUGUGAUCUUAAGGAUUUGCCUGUAGGUUUUGUGGGUCCCCAUCCCGCCUGUUCAAACUGCAAAGAGCGCGGAAUAAAAUGCGUCGACGAAUUCGCCGAUGUAAAAGCAGUCAAAUUACUCAGACGCGGUCGUCGUCUUCAGCAAGUCGAGGCAAUCUACGGCAAAGUAGCUGACCAGGAUGAUAGCUCAUCUGGAGGCCUCAAUAGACCACUUAGCAUUCCUACUCUACACAUCGACUUUUUUGCUUCGCCGUUCUGGCGCUGGCUCACCAUUCAACGUCCCAUCUUGGACAGCCAUGAGUUCCUAUCAAGAUUUACUGCACACAUGAAAGGUACUCAGCCUUUGACGAGCGAAGGUGGCCUAAUUGCCAUGCUGCUUGUUACUUGGGCCGCUUCAGUUGGGUUAAAUGAAAGGGGACUGCCCGAAGACGACACUGUCACUGACGAUCAAUCUACACUCGGAGGCGGAUCUCCUUUGGAGGGUUCUUCCAGUCGCCCGGCGGCAAGUGGAAAGUAUCAGCCGCCCGGAAGCAGGCGCAGGGAAUGGAAAACCAAGACGGAAUCAUACAUCCGUGAACUAUUAGAACUCAUAGAUCUUCAUGGUAUUCUUCGACGACCCUCUUUGGACGGCGUUCGUGCUCUUUUACUGCUCUUGCCUCUCCUGGAUGAGGCUCAGCCAUUAGAGAGGCUUGCAAUUUCUGAGGCAACCUUCUCUCACAUUCAGGCCUUAUGCGUUAUUGCGCCAUCUCCGCCUUUUGCAUACGAAGAGGCGACCGCUCGUGCUCGUCUCUUCUGGUAUGCUUAUACCCAUGAAGGUCUAACGACAGGUAUACGAGGGGGACGCUUUGUUCUAAAUAGUGAUGAUCUGGAGGCAUUCCAACGAACCUUGCCUAUGAACAACAAUACAGGACAUUCUGGGCUAAACUCCCCGAUCUCCGGUCCUUUAGAUGGCAUCGAUCCAUACCACUUGCAAGACUCGGCGGCGUUCAAUGGGCAGGAAUCCCCUGCACGGAGAACACUCAUGCAGCUAAUGCAUUCCAGUGCUGCCCCUCUGGACCUCAGCAACCUUUGUCGGAAAAUUCACACAGUUCUAACUGGUGUAAAAGCCACGCGAAGGACAGAAGAACACGGCGUUAUCGAUGCUGAUGGGAUGCGUGACAUCUGGAGAGGUCUUGAUCGAUGCUGGCAAGAGCUCGAGGUCAUGAAACAACAAAUAUCCGAGCAGGAUAAUCUCAUGAGACGCCUGGAAAUUAAUCAAUACGUUAGUGCAUGGCAGAUCUUCAUCUUCGAAUGUCACAAUGUCAUACGAGAGUCCCUUAAAGGAUCUUUGUCAAGCUCUUCCGCUCCCGGACUUUAUGACCCAUCCUCUUCUCGACCUUCUUCCCAUUCUUCCAAUUCAUCACCCUACCUUUCCCCCCACCAACUUCACUUCACUGCCAAUCGGAAGUGCCUACAACUCCUACCUCAGAUAAUCAAUUUAAUCCGCACUCAUACACCCAGGGAACACAGCGACGUUCCCUCCAUUUUCAGAUGGGAUGCUGGUCUCGUUAGGGACGGAUGUUUCUUCGCUGCCUACCUUGUGGCUAACCUCGAAGGAGAUUUUGUGGACGGUGGGUCAGAAGACGAGAAACCAAAAUUCAUCGAUUUGACGGUGGACGAGGGGGUUUCUAUCUGUCUCACUGCCCUGGCCACUAUGAGAUGGGGUUAUUCAAAAAGCGAGGAACGGGAGGAAACCAUCAAAAUGAUAUGGGAAGGUCGCAAACAAAGGCGCCAAGGCCGAUCUCAUCAUGUCCCUCUCUACGACUCCGAUUAUCCCCAGCCAAUGGCGUUGUCCGGACCCAACGUGCAUCUUAGCUUGUCACCGAGCCCCAGCAUGGCUGGAUCCUCGCUAGAUGGACGACCGAUACUCCGGCCUCUGACAUUAUACCCUCCCCAACGCCGGGUCGAGUCUGCCCCAUCUACAGCUUGUAGUACUGAUGAUCGAGGAUCGAAUGCAUGGCCAUCGUAUACGCCACCUGGGACCUCGACAUCCGUAGACACUAGCACGGGAACUGGAUUUAGCAGGAGAGGAUCACCAGUAUUCUCCAACAUGAGCGGCUUCAAAUCAGCCGACGAUAUGUUCUAUCAUGGUGUCACAGAUGUGGAUCAGUUCAGCUAUAAUGUUCCCGUUUCGACGCCAAUGAUUCGCAAUACAUCUUCCAUGGUGAAUGGGGGCUAUGGCCAUCGCCACUCGCCCAUCGACUCGCAAGCGUUGGUGGCCUCAACAGGCUCAAACUACACGGUAACCACCCCGUUUAAUGCAACCUAUACCUCUAUUCUUACGCAACUUGAUUUUUCGUCAUGUAUUCAGUUCGGCGAAAACUGCAAUGCUGGUUAUCAUUGA